GAACUUGUGUGGUGGCUGAAGUAAGCAUUCUUUUCCAUUCAAAAAUAUUGUGUAGUAGUAUAGUAACAAACUCCAGUCUGUGAAAGGUGGGUGUAGCUUCUUAGUGCAGUGCAAAAUGAGUAUCAGAUUUUGUACCAUUUCUCCACCAGAGGCCAUUAAUAUCUCUAUUCUCAUUUUCAAAAGGAAAAUUUAGUACAAAAGAUUUCAAUAAAUUGUCGUCUUCAUAAUCCUUGAGUGUGCUGUUUGAACUCUUUCAAAUCAGAGUGUGAUUAGGACAGGUACACUGACUCUACUGUCAUCAAUACUAUUGUUGUCCUUGUAGAGAAUAUUAUUUUCUUUCAUUGGUCAGUUUGUGGAAGACUAGUAGUCUGAGAUUCAGUUUGGUCAUCAGAUUCAAUUUGGUCUUUGUAUAAUUGUUCUUUGUCUUCACCCUUCAGCUUUGAUGAAAAGUAGUUCUUAUAGUAGUUCAUAACUCUAUUGGUCUGUGAAACAUCACUAUCAAAGAGAGUAUGAUAACCCUGAAUACUUUUGUGGGCACCUGUUGUGUAAGAAAACAAGUGUUUAUUAACUCUUUUCUUUUGAAAUACUAAGAACCAAUUCUACUACUUCUUUGUUCAACAACUGUUUCAGUACUACAUGCAGUCAAUAACCUUUUAGUAAUUCAUUUGCAAUUGCACAAGGUGGUGGUUUGCCAUCAGAUCUUUUUGGGCCCUUCAUAGAGUUCAAUGAAGUAUUGCAUUCUCUGUAUAGUACUACUACACCCAGAUAGGGAACAUCAUCCUUUCCAUUUACCUGUAUCAAAGUCAUGUACUAAGAUUUUGGUGAAAGAAUAUAUGACCUCAACUCUUCUUCCAACUUAGUUGUAAAUGAUCUGUUUCUUGAUUUGAUACAAACUGGGGUAUAUUACUUUCUAAGCUGUACCUUUGUUACAUUUUCAGAAACCACUUGUGCAUCCCCCCUUUUUGAAUUCCUCCCCUACUAGAAAACAUGGGUUCCGAUCGAACUUAAGACUAUUUCAGCUCAAUUGCCUUACAAAGCGACAAAUGCGGGUUUACGUUCUACCACUCUGACGACGCGCGACUAUGGUACGUACGUACGUACCGGUAUUAUGCUUUAGAGUACAGAACUUGUACGUCCACGUGAAAAGUGAACGCACUUGUGCGUGCUCAUACGACUCGCACGUACGGUGCAGUAAGGAGUGCACGAGUCAAGGUUCUCCACAAAACAUCGUUCCGAUCUACUUGUACCCGCUUCCGCUUCACCAGCACAGUCAGGCGAGAAUGUUGCGUUUUGCGAUCCUCCUCUUCCGCAACACCCCGUGACUGGCGCCAUAGUAUUCUCGGAACCGUCCACAGGAUGGGAAGAGUCCUUCCGGAAGACCGCUCGGGGACCACGUACCAGCGCAACCGCAACCGCAGUUGCUUGAGAGGGAGCAGCAGCAGCAGCAGCAGCAGCAGCAGCAGAAGGCACCCGCAUUCCGUCAGCCGGUGGAGUGUGCCUCAGCACUGGAUCGUAACGGCAUCGAUCCUCCUUUUGGCGAUGGCCGUUGAUAUUGCCGCGAUGGUCACGCCGCCACCGGGAGAUGCCUCGCUGCGAGCCAGUGGCGCCGGAAGCAGAAGCAGCAACAGCGGAAGCCCCAUCGGGCCGGCACUUGUGCCCUCGCAGGCCGCCGGCAGGCCUAGGAAGCAGAACCCCACACACAACGCAGCCACAACCGCAGCCACAACGGCAGGAGCCGCAACCGCGAACCCUGCGAUUGGAUCCACGGCCGGAACCGGCCCGAUACCCUCCCAGGCAGCCAGGGGCAAGAAAUCGAAGUCAAAAUCCAAAUCGAAACCGAAACCGAAACCGAAAUCCAAUCCAAAGCCCACCACACCAAAACAGGACCAACAAGAAGCCGGAACCAAGCUUCCACAACAACAGAAACAACAAACUCAACAGCAAACACCACGCAAAAGCCGCUCAAAGGCCGGAAGGCGGAAACGACCGAGCCGCGGAAAUCUCCCCGACGUUCUGUGGCGGCACAUCCCCCUCGAGCACGUCCGGAGGCACCCGCGGUUCGUUCCGCUGCCGGAGCCCGAGCGCAUACUGCGCCUUGGCUGCAUGGAGGACGUCCGGAACUUCCGGCAGGAGUCCUGGCAAUGGGACGUCCUGCACGAGGGCCGGAUGACCACCUCCCAGGCGGUGGCGGCUCUGGGCUUUCUGGAACCCGAGGCGGGGGAAUUCCUGGGUGUUCCCAGGGGGCUGAGGAGGGGUGGGCAGGGAGCCUACCACCGGUUGAGGAAACCGGUGGCGAUGACGACGCUGGAGGAAAUGAAUCGGAAGCUCUGCGAUGGUGCCGCCAGCGACAACGACGGCGAAGGUUUCGUCGUGGACGAGAGCGACAGCGAUAAUAGCGGAGAUGAACCCGUGUACUGGACCCAGCCCGCCAACUUUCCCUUCGCCGCCAAGUACAUGGUGCAGUUCACGGAGCAUGAUCUCAAGAUCCGGAAACAACUCGCCAGGAAGUUUGCCGCCACGCGGUGGUCGAUACGAAUGGUCUGGGGAAACGUACAGGAGGCGACAUCGCUCCUGACGGCCCUCAACUACUUUUGGAAGUGCGACAAGGGGGUCGUCAUGAAAGAAAUCGGAAUGUGCGGCGCGGGCUUGGAAUUCAACCGGACGGCUUCGGCGAGCGGGCUGCUCCUGGGGGCGACCCCGGACGCCGUUCUGUGCCACUCCGAUGGAAGGGUCGAAGCUGUCGAGGUAAAGAACCACUGCCCCUUUGUGCCCAACUCACCCCGCAACAAGAACGGAAGCGCCUUUCGGUUGUCGCAGCAGAGCCUGACCUACAGCAACAACGAUAACAACGACAAGGGCAGCAAGACGGGGUCCUCCGUCAUGUGCCAAUACAUACCCCAGCUGAUGAUGGAGAUGCUGUGCAUCGGCAGUGACUGCACCUCCGCCGUCAUGGUCCGUCAGACGGCCACGAACGGAUCGCUGAUCCUCAGGGUCCACCGGGACGAAACCUGGAUCGAGGAAAUGACCUACUGGCUCGGCCGCUUCCACAAAGAAUUUGUGCAGAGGGGAAUCCCUCCGCCCGACAACUUUUUCCUCGCCGGGGGAGACCCAUCCGACCGGGAGCGGUACCGGGCCUUUCUGUCCCUCACCAAGGAGAUCGAGCGCAGCAAGAUCGAGCUCCUUGAGCACGUUCCGAACCGCUCGGUACAGAGAGCCAUCGCGCGGCACCCCGUCUCGAACGACUUGUUUCUGGACUAGCGACCGGGAUGGAAGGAUGAAUUCUAUUCACUUUACAGAUAGAUGCUUGCUGUGUAAAAACUUAGACAAAACUAAAUUACAAACUUUCUU